AUGUCGAACAAAAACCGCCAACAACAGCUUUUCCAGGUAAUGAAGCAGAAGCAUUUAGGCCUGGGCAACGAGAAUACCACUAGUGAAGAAUGGACCACGCAAGUACAUAAGGACACUUUUUAUAGUUUAGCAUCCCAUAGUGGGAUGCUGGAGUAUUUGGCCUUGGCACAGGGUGACUCAAGCAAAAGGAUCACAGAGCUACGACUCUUGGAAAAAAUGUGCGAUAAAGCGCCAAGCAAUAAGCGUAAGUUGACAGAGGAAUCCUAA